AUGGUUUUCUAUUGUGAUGAUAAUUAUAAAGUAUCGGCAAAUAUUGCACAUAGAUUUCGCAAAAACUUCCAUGAAAACAAUCAAGACCAGAUUACUUCUCAAAAGAAAAGAAAGAAUGAAAUCGUUGAAACUGUUUUAUCGGUAUUAAUGUCUAAAAAUGAAAAUGAAAGGAGUUAUUAUUUAGAAUGCUUGGCUGCACUCGAACCUGAUCUAGAUGAUGAUUCAACAAUUGAGAAAUUAAAGAAAAUAAAGAGACGUCUUUUUAAUAAACCUCUUGAUGAAUCAGAUAUACAAAGAUUCGAAGAAAUAAAGGAAACAGGAGCUGAUGAAAUUCAAAAUUGUCCUGAGUUACAAAAUUAUAUAGAUUUUAUUUCUCUGGUUUUAUUGGCAAAAAAGAAAGAACAGGGUCAUACACAUGAGGAAAAUUAUCGAAAGAGCUACCUCAAUAUUGUUUCCGAAGAAGAUGAUGAUGAAUUUCUUAAUGAGUUGCUUAAUUUUAAGUUAUAA